AUGACACUCUGGACAAGCAAUCCAGAUAGCGUGCCUGUCUCUGCCGCCUACGCCAGUUACUUCAUCUCCUACCUCUCGCUCGGCACAGCACCACUCAUCUUCUCCUGGCUCUCCGAACUCAUACCACAAGACCCUGAGGCUCGAUCACUGAUUGUUGGUACCAGUGUCGCUGGCUAUUAUGCAGUCUCGGCAUGGUCUGGUAUUUUGAUCUGGCCUGCUAAGGAGGCACCAUACUAUAGAUGUGGUUGGCAAACCGCAUUGAGUCUGUGGCUUGUAGUCAUCUGCAUGACUUGUGUGUUGAGGUUUGUGGAUGUCAGAUAUCUGAUGCCGAAGAGGAAGCUUUACGCGGAGACUCUGCAUGGUGAUGCAUUUCAGGAGAGUGAGGUCGCUUCACAGCACGGGGAUGCUGAUAGCUUGAAAGGCAAGGAUGUGGAUGUUGCAGUUAGUAGAGUUUAA